AUGAUGGAUCAUCUUAUGUUGCUUCGGUUCCUCUUCUUCAUCCUGUCGUUAUGGCUAGCGGUGGUCGCAACAUCAUCGACGUUGCCAAUGGCAAAGCCCCACUGUAAGGAUAAAUGCGGUAACAUCCAAGUUCCCUACCCCUUUGGCUUCGGAGAUAAAGAUUGUUACAGAGAUGAAAGUUUUCAGGUAAGCUGCAAUGACAGCUACAAGCCUCCAAAACUGUUCUUGAAAUUGGAAGACUACGAAGUUCAAAAUCUUUCAUUGCAAGGCAUACUGCGUGUAUUGUUCUAUGUAAUUGAGGAUUGCUACAGCAACUCGGGCCAAUUGACUAAUUCGUUUGGCCUAGAUAUGAGAAAGUCUUUCGACACUUUCACGUUCUCUGACACACAGAACAAAUUCAUGGCUCUGGGUUGCGACACCAAAGCUAAUAUCCAGAGCAUCAACAAAUCUUACGUUGAUAUCGAGGACUCCGAUCAUGGGUUCUUCCAGAGUGGGUGUAGUAUGAUGUGCAAUAACAUAUCUGAUGUGAUCAUCAAUGGUUCCUGCACGNAUCACUCCCCUACCUUUGGCAUGGCCAUCAGCGGGGGAGGAGAUCCACAACUCCAACAAAAGCUAAUGAAAUCGAAAUCUAGGACGAUUUUCAACGUCCAUCCUAAUUUCAUCUUGGAUUGA